GUACCGCGAGGCAGCAGCGCUUCCCGCGGACUCCAGGGCUUUCACUCGCAGAAAAGCAAGCCCCAAGGCGACUUGCUUGGGUUUUCUUGAGCGAUCGCGUGCCAACCGAUAGACUCCCCCAAACUCCCGCUCCAGCGCAACCUCCAACUCCUAAAGGCUCUGGCACAUCAGAUUCAACCAACCGCCGCCCCGCUUCCUCCCUUCCACACUCUCUCACCUAUCCUUUCCUUGAGACCCCUCCUCUAACCUUAUUCAUUCUGAUUCCCUUUCCCCCGACCUACAUGCAUAUCUUGUAUGUUUCCCUGCCGACUGCGCCGCCAGAACUGCCUUGUUGGAGCCGAGUUUGCUAAGAGCCUCGCCCUGCAGCCAGAGGAGACUAUGAGCACCCUUCAAGAGCCGCGAGAUAUCCUCCCUUCCUUAUCUAAGACCUCCGAGAGUCGUCUAUCCAUCAUCCCAAUCCCGGAUACCGCCGUGACGGACAGCGAGCCCGCACCGCACCAUGCGACCCUCAGCCGUUUCGAGCACAUCUUCACCUCAUAUCCUCCCAUCAUUGACUCGCUGAUCGCACAACUCCCGACCGCUUCGAUCCUGGAUCUAUACCAUACCUCACGGCAUUGGCGCGACUUCCUCAGGAUAUACCCGCUGGCAUGGAAGACGCUAUCGUUCCGCCUUCCCCAGCCCGCUGCUGGUGGUGGUCCUGGGAAUGAGACGCCCGACAACAGAGAGAGACAGUCCAAGCUCUACAAUUUCGACGCGCUCCUAAUCGAGGUUAUACGACCAUGCGGGACACGGCUGACCAGCCUGGACCUCUGCAACACCAAUGUCACGGGCAUCGAAUUGAUCGGAAGCGUAGUCAAUCCAUGUAUCGACAGCCUGCAGCAUCUGUCGGUGCGCGGUUGCAAGCAUGUCUCGAUCAAAUACCAUAUUGUGCCAUUUCUGGGCCGGUACAUCACAACUAACUCGCCCUGGGGAAGACAGAAGCUGGCACUCAAGAGCUUGUACACAUAUCGCGCCCGUCACCAUCGCCGACGACCAUACCUACCCUCCUCACUCGCGCGACGCGACUCCGACUCCGAUCCAACACAUCAACUGAUUGAGAUUUGUCAUCAGCUGGGGAUUUGGACAGACACGGCUUGGUGUCCGACUCCAGGAGGAAGAUGUUUCCGGAGAAAGGAUUACCACGCCGGGAGAGCUGGCCCGCAGAACAUGGAGGUCUGGGUGCCGUUUGACCGGCUGUGGCGAUCGAGCAAUCGCAUCGGACCCGUGGAAGGAACCCAGCGGCUAGGACAGAACGAUGGCAGACUCUGGGAAAUCGAAGAGACGGGGUACGAGGGCGAGCCGCUCGGCCCCGAAAACGGGGUGACCGCUGGCGAAGGCAAACACGUUCCUGCGCAUCUCCGGAGGAGCCAUCGGGCCUUUGUCGAGAAUAUUCAGUGCACGCAAUGCAAGGAGGUUGUACUGGAGCGUUGCGAAUCGUGCAGCGUGCGGAUGCAUUGUAUGGGAUGUCGCAAGACUCUCUGCGCUAGCUGUGCCUUUAAUCGACCAAUCCCUAAGAAGAGGGUCAGGACACGGCAUUUUACAAAUUUGGCACUUGGACUUGGCCCAUCUUUUGGCGCCAGUUCAUCAGGCAACGAUUCGUCUGCUUCUCUGGCCGAGCAAAACCGCGCCUCCAAACCGGAACCUCCGAAUAAAUUUUGGUGGGCGCCGGGUGCGACGAGGUCACCGAACCUGAUGAACGAGAAUGUGAACGAAGAUGAUUCGUCUGACUCCGAAGACGGCGGAAACUUGAAUGGCGGACUCCCCAUUCCGCCCGCGAACCGCGAUCCCCCGAAACUCAACAUGCAUUGGUGCUGUCUGGAACCCAUCUUUUCUGGAGGCGGCGGAAUCGCGGUGCUUGGAACUGGCUUAGGUGGCAGAGGUGCGGACAAGAUCCGAGCUGCACCGUUACCCCAGACGAAGGAAUAUCAGGAUCCAGAUUUUUUAAACCAGCUUCGUCCCGUCGACUACGUGCGAGAGAUGAAGAACAACGGCCUCUACGAGUAUGUGCUUGGCGAGGAUGUGGAUAUUCUCUCCUACCUGAAGCAGGAGAGUCUGGAUCUUCAAGCAAACAUCUGUCCGCGAGGGCUGUGUCAGGACUGUUACCGAACUUUUCGCUGGAAGGUGUCCUGCCGAGCGUGCAAAACGCCGAUAUGUAAAGAACACGAUUUCAGAGCUCUCAAGUUCAGAAAGUGUGGCUAUCGAGAUAUGCAUACCGAACGCGAAUUCGUUCAGUCCUAUCAUGAACCGCCUCAACUGAUCAUACCAGAGUUUAACCCCAACAAGAACGGAAAUAAUGGGAAGAGUAUGGCCCCAACGACAUCCUCAUCGAUAGACCCCGCCGAGUCGGGAGCUGCAGCGACCGACGAGGCGCCGUUGUCGCGAUCGCAGAUCUUGAUACCCACUUCAACACCAUCUGCAGCUACGUCCUCGGCGGCGCCGCCUCUGCCUCAAAAUCCUGCUACGGAUCUCUUCUCCAGCUCCACAUCCAUUCCUUUCGUUCCCGUCAGCUCUGGCCGCCCACGCUCUCUCAGCGCCUCAGGCUUGCGCAGUCGAAACUCCGCAUCCUGGUCCAACAGUUCUCGAGCACUUCAACCCAGCUCGAUUACGAACCCCCCACCACUACCGUGCACUCCGCGUCAUCCUGUGCAGUGGGAAGGUUGCGGCGCGUACUUCUGCCAAUACCCACGUCCUGUGGGCGAUCAUCGGCCACAGUGUGUGCCGCUUAAGGAAUGUUCCUAUUGUGCCGUUCUCGUAUGCGAUUCUUGCGUAGCAGCCAACCCGCCUUGCACCUGCAGCUUCUGCAAGGUAACAUACCACUGUCCAGUGUGUUCACGCAAACCAGAAGUUCGCUCGCUUUGCCGUCUUGAAGACGAACUGCUCGUCAAGGCAGAGCUGGAGCGUCGUCUGCACGAAAAGAGAGAACGGGAUAAGGAGGACCGUGGCCAAGCGGACCAGGUCGCUGAUGCGGCACUCGAGUUCUGGGUGAUGACGGGUUUGGUCUGGGAAGGGCUUGUGGGAGGUCAGGAGGAGGCCGAGGAUGGCCCGGAAGCCGUCACAGAAGCAGAACCCCCCUUGACGCCGAACCCCGAUUCUAUCACGGUGACGAUGGAGUUUGGGGUCAGCGAGGAGCCGAAUAAUGUUACGACUGUCACUGCAGGACCGGCUGCGGGUCCGCCUGCUGUACAGCAAGAACAGGGAUAUCAUGAAGUGGUGGAGGGUCCAGACAGUCAAGAGCCGGCCGGAGACGAAGCGCCAUUGCCAUCAACUUCAGCAACUUCACUGCCCUUUGUCGAAGAGUCGGCAGGGGAGGGCGGGAGUGGGGACGACGACGAAGGCACCCAGGACGCAGACCUAGAAGACGAGGACGGCAUUUUGGACGAUGAUGUCGAGCUGGGCGAUGGGGAGAGCGAGGCUUUCGAAGCCAUUAUUGAAGAAGUGUUAGUCGCUUCUACGGAAACAGCUGCUAAUUCUGGUCCGCCGAUAGCUGUUAGUACUGCGGAGGCGAUGCCGAAUACUGCGCACGAGAUCAUCUGAUUUAGAACGUGUGAGGAUGACGAAUUCGAGCGGGAUAUGGAAGUAUUCAGUCUGCAUUUGAGCGCAUUUACGAUAUACGGUCUGAUUUUCUUUGGGUCUGGCCGCCUUGUGGUCGACCGAGCGUUAGAGUGUUCAUCUGCGGGUAGGGUUUUCUUUAGAUCUUUUGCUAUUGGAACUGCGGGCAGCGGUUAGCUUUGCGAGACAUAGGGCGUAUGUGGGAGGAAUCUUCUAUGCAUACAGGUAGAGGGGAUCGACGGCACAGUUCUCCUGUUAUACUGGGUACGGAUAUCAGAGCAUGGUGGAGUGAUUGCGGUCACUAGAAUGCAGGAAGCACGACGUACGAUGCUUG